CCAAAGGAGAAUAUGGUUUGGAAAAGAUGAAGAUCUUUUAUGUCCAAAGGGGGAGAGUCAUUUUAUAAUGGUUUCAGUCUUUCUUUGUCCUUGUCAUAGACUAUUAAAACUAUCUGAUGAGCAAAUGAAGAUGAAUCCAUAUAUUAAAUACCAGAAAGCAUUCAUUCUUCAUUCUAUACAGGCAGACAGUUACUGGAAAUCAGAACAUAUGUUGGAUCAGUUAGUGCAACAAGCAAUUCCGAUAUUUGAGAUGCUUCAUCCUAGCUGUAUUGGAGUCUUCUGUUUCAACCAAUUAACAAAUCAUAAUGCAAUAACAGAAGAUGCACUAGUGGCAACACAAAUGAAUUUAGGACCCAGAGGAACAUAA